ACGGGGGGCGGAAGAGCUUGAUUGUGUUUUGGUUCUAAGGGGAAGUUGCGAGAAUAAAGAAAGGAGGAGACGUGACGGGAUUGUUGAAAUUAUUUUCUUGGUUCCCUAACAUCACCUCACCACAGUGUCCCGGGUUCCGUGUGUAAAUACUACAGCGGUGGUAUCUGAAGUUCAAAACAUCGUCUGGCUCUCAGCAGAAGUCCUGAUAGUGAGGUUUGGCACACAGGACACCGGGGGAUCUGACUAGGUCAUGGCCAAUCGGGGAGGAGCUACGAGACCCAAUGGACCCAAUGCAGGGAACAAGAUCUGUCAGUUUAAGUUGGUGCUGUUGGGGGAGUCAGCUGUUGGGAAGUCCAGCUUAGUGCUCCGCUUUGUCAAGGGUCAGUUCCAUGAAUUCCAAGAGAGCACAAUAGGAGCUGCCUUUCUCACCCAGACAGUGUGUCUAGAUGACACAACAGUGAAGUUUGAAAUCUGGGACACUGCAGGCCAGGAGCGUUACCACAGUUUGGCACCCAUGUAUUACAGAGGAGCACAGGCCGCCAUUGUGGUCUACGACAUCACAAAUGAGGAGUCUUUUGCACGGGCAAAGAACUGGGUGAAGGAGCUGCAAAGACAGGCUAGCCCUAAUAUAGUCAUCGCUCUGUCAGGCAACAAGGCUGACCUAGCCAACAAGAGAGCUGUCGACUUCCAGGACGCCCAGUCCUAUGCAGAUGACAACAGCUUACUUUUCAUGGAGACGUCGGCAAAGACAUCUAUGAAUGUGAAUGAGAUAUUUAUGGCUAUUGCAAAGAGAUUGCCGAAGAGUGAGCCUCAGGCUGCAGGAGCCAAUAGCGGGCGGAACCGAGGAGUGGAUCUGACAGAAGCUGCCCAGCCAGCCAAGGCUCCAUGCUGCAGUAACUAACGUGAAGAACAUGCCCCCCCCCACCAACCUGUAUAGCAGUAACUAAUGCGGCUGAUGCCCCAAAUGCCACCGCAGUUACUAAUGCAAUGUGUUGUACUCUUAUCUCCAAUUCUCUCAUUUGCAAAACAAGAAAAGAUGCCCCGUAUCCCCCCUUCUUUUUGCAGUAACAAAGUCAAUGCCAUUACAGUGAUCUCUCCAAAUGGCUCUCCCUUUUUUCCUCCAUCAUGGUUCUGCUGCUACCUGGUUAAGCCUCCUAACCAUUCUUUCGUACUUUCUGCCUAAUCUGAUAGAUUAAUGAUAGCAGAUAUUAGAUACAUUAGUGCACCCUGCCUUCCAUCAUCUUCCUUCCAACGUGUAGAUAUGAGUUUCAUUUAGAAGAAGUGGUCACUUCCCUUUUCUGGGAUAGCUUAGGACUUUACUAUUGCAUUUCUAACACCAGUCUUUUGUUUUGAAAUUUUGUUUGAAAAUUUUGUUUAUUAUUGUUUGCUAUAAUUUUGUCAAAAUUAUGGAUGCACACACCUGUAUACUUACAUUGCCUAAAAUAGAAAAACAAAACCGUGUUUUGUCUGCAGUAGCACAGAAGUCUAUUAGAGAAGAGGAGUGGAUUCUUGUGAAUCUGAGAAAGAGGAACGGCAGAGGGCAGGGAGAGAGCAAGAGAGGAACCCUAAUCUUCACACCUCUCUCUUGUCACUGGGACCCUUUUAUCUUAAAGUUUAUCUUAAACAUUCAUGAACUGUAGCCCUUUUAGAUUCUCUCUCUCUGUUUCUCUCUGCCUGCCUAUGCUAUCCAUGUCCUUUCCCCCACUAAACCCAAAGUAGCUCUAGUGUAGAUUCUCUUCUACCACCCCAAGGCUUCAUUCUGGGGCCAUGCCUGCUUCUAGCUGUCCCUAGUGGCAUUGUGCAAUGUUUCACAGUAUUUACUCUGUGACUGAGUGUCUGCAAGGGCCGAUGCAGCACAGCAAAACCCCUGUUCCACCCAGCUUUCCCCACAACAAGGUGCAGGGGCCUCUGAGGUACACAUCAGUGUCACCACUUUCCCAUCUCCUGAUGCAGUGUCCUUUUCAUAAAUCUUGUGUAGACCGUCCCUUUGUUGGGUCUCUUGGUUUCUGUCUUUGGAUGAUUUAGAUUACCUUUUCCAUUGUGUUAAUGUUGCCGGACCGCUGCUGGGUUUGCACCUGGUAGAAAGCAAAGGUGAUGUUUGGGAGUUGCAAUAUGUAAGGCUGCUUCAUAAUCACCUUUGAAUCAUAAUUAUUUGUCAUCUUCUCUUGAUUAGGAAGUGCUUUAGACACAGUUGUGUGUCAGUGUGUACAAACAGGGCCUAGCUGGCUGAUGACAGAUUUCAUCCAUAGACUCACUCACACGUGCCCAUUUAUGUGUGUGUGUCUGAACACACAUUUGCACAUGAACACACAAUGACUUCUUCCUUCUGAACCCUGUCAGACCUAAACAUCAUUGUACAUAAGCGCACACACACACGCAGACUGUUACCCCCCCCGCCCCUGUGACAGUGACACACAUACAUACAGUACAUCUGGUCAAUAACUCUUUUUACAGGUCUGUCUUACUCAUGCCUUGCACUAAUGAUGCUCAUGAAUAUAUCUUGUCAUAAUUACAGCCAGUGUGAUAUAAAUAUAUAUAUAUAUAUAUAUAUAUAUAAAUAUAUAAAUAAUAUACUGUAAAUAGGGUGUUGCAGUGUAGUCUACCUUUUUUUCAAUUUACCAGUGACAGGACUAAUGCUUGGUAAGGAGUUGUCUAGAUAAUCAUAAAAAGAACUGUACAGUUAGCAGGAAAAAACAGCUACAAUCUGGGUUUGGAGUUUUGUUGCUGUUCCUUUUUUCAGACAAACGGUUAAAUUAUAAUCAGUGGUGGUCUCUAUAAAUGUAUGUAGUGUUAUUAACAAAAAAUGAAAUUGCAUUUAUUUAGUCGUCUGUCUUGUACCUUUUUUUUCCUCAAAAGAAUAAUAUCCAAACAUUUUGGUUUCUAUUUUUUAACAUUAUCUCUUUCUUGCAUUUCACUAAUUCUUUUUUAGUAGUUUCAGGCUACGAUGCCUUGUCCAGUACUCCUCCCUGUAAGUAGACCUGAACUUCCAGAGACACUGGUUGUAAAAGCUCCAGAGGAGUCAGAUGCAAUACAAAUGCCCCUCCAUAACAUCUCAGUAGCCUUGUGAAAAUCUUGUAGGAACAAUGUAACAACUAUCAGCUGGCACAUGGUGAUUCAUGAAUAAAUGAAUUAACACAUAAUAAGGAUGUAAAUUGUAUGUUUUUUUUUUCCAUGAACACAUAAUUGCAGCUGAAAACAUUUAAAUGCAAGCAUUUUACAGUACUGUUAUGUAAUGACCAAAUAAAUACUGAAAUAAAUUUGAUCAUUUAUUAUUGUAA